AUGAACAAUGGCUCUCAUCUAUUUGUUGAUAACCAAUUGUCUGAUCUGGCUGUGGAGUUGAUUAUGCUGGCUUCCUCGCUGCUGGAGCUCUGUUCCUGUCUCCGGCUGCUGAUUAAGAUACUGAACUCCCUUCUUCAGGGCCAAGUGGCCAAAGCCAUUCAGAAAAUAAUUUGCAUAGGUAUUGGAGUGAUACGUAUUGAGUGUGCCAACCCUCUGACACAGGGCUCCAAUAUUGGGACGACUACUACAGCCCUCUUAACCGUAUUAGCUAGCCCAGGAGACAAGUUAGCUGCUGCCUUUCAGUUAACUUAA